GCCGGGAACUUUAUCCGAGAGAAGCGGGCAAUCCAGAGGAGGCUCAGCCAGGAGCCAGCGCGGAGGGAUGCGGGGGCAGCGGGAGGUACGGGCUCAGGCCUCAGGGAAGAGCACGGGGAAACCCGGAGUCUGGGUGGGAUCUGAGAUCAUUUCUGGUGGAAAACCUGACAAUUCUCCUGCUCAGUUUGGGAUUUCAGGAGAACCGGUGACUCUGGAGGCCUAGCGGGAUGAGAGCGGCCUAGAUGCAGGCGGGCUCUGCUGCCGGGGAACAGGGACGGGACAGGAGGAAACGGCCUCAGGGGAGGGCCCGGUGGGACACCGGGAAAACCCCUGCAGGAAGAGACUGUCCCGCCGUGCCCCCGCUGCCCAGGGCCGCGCUGCCGCCCCGUUCCCGGCGGGAUUUGAACGCCCCGGAUCCGGGAAUCACGUGCGGGGUCACCGGGGCGCUUCCGGGGCCGGCGGGGCGCCACUUCCGGCUCGGCAAUGGCGGCGCUUCCGGCGUGGGCGGGGCCUGUACCGGAAGCGCGUGCGGGAGAGGCCGCGGAGCCGCCGGGCCCCCCCCCCGGAACCUCCCGGGCCCCCCCCGAGCCCCGCGGGGCCCCCCGGCCGCCAUGGCGGGGCAGGCGCAGGAGUCGGUGACCUUCGAGGACGUGACGGUGUUCCUGAGCCGGGCGGAGUGGGACGCGCUCCCGGCGGGGCAGCGGGAGCUGUACCGGGAUGUCGUGUCGGACACCUACGAGCUCCUGACCUCCCUGGGUUAUCCAGGCCCCAAACCUGACAUCCUGCACCGGCUGGAGCGCGGGGAAGAGCCGUGGGUCUGCCCAUCUCCAGGACACGCCGGGAGCUGGCUGGAGGAGCCGUCCUCUGGCUGGUGGCCCAGAGCCAGUGGGUGCCAGGAGCCAGAGGAGGGGCCAGAGCCUUCGUCUCCAGCAGGAUGGAGCACGUCGUGCUGUCUCCAGGCCAGGAGACUCCUGAAGAAGUUUGGCUGUCACAAGGGAAGGAGCGAAUUCCCGUCGGAAGCGGACAGUGGAGUGGGGAGCCAAGUCUGGCCAUGGCUCGUGAAGGAGGAAGAGGAGGAGAAACCUGAACUGGUGGAAAACCUGCCCCCGAGCGAGACGUUCCUCCUUCAUUCCGUGACGAAGCAGCGGAGCGUGUGUCCUUGGGGACGGCUGUGGGAUCGCUCUGGGGAGAGGAAUCACGGCCACGCCCAAAACCACGGCCACACCUCGGGAGAGGCGACGCUUCUCCCGGGAAACCGGGAGCUGCAGGUGGAGGAGCUGCGAGCGGCCGUGGCGAAGGACCACAGCUACUGCCUGUGGUGCGAGCCGGGAAUGCCCUGCGCUCCCAGGCCGUGCUCGCCGUGGGAACACGACUACUUCCAGGGGCCCCGGGCCAGGAGGAUCUGCAGACCCCGCAGGCGUGGGGCCGCGCGCUGCCGGGUGGCGCGGCCGCGCUCCCGCUUCCGCAGGGUGCUCCAGAAAGCCAGGGAGAUCCUGCGGCGCUACCAGCCCUACAGGAGGUCGGGGUUGCCUUGGGCAGGCUGCUCUGGCUGCCACGCUGCUGCGCAGGGGACAAACCCCGGGGCUUCUCUUCCGACGGAUGCGGCUGUGCCGCGCGGCCUCCAGAGCGCCGGGAACGCCAAGGGGGUGACGUCGGACGCGCGACGCGCCCCAAAGUGGAUUUUGGGAACUGGGGCUUCACCCCCCGCCCCAAUCCCGGCUGCAGGGGUGAGGAAGGGAGCGAAGCCUCUGGAGGAUCCUGGAACCCGCUGGAAAAUUAAUGGACGUGUGGAAUCCCAGGGGGGGUCGCUGCAGGCCGUGAUCCGGGACGCGCUGAGGGCUGUCAGGUCCAUGUUGAACUCCAUGUGCCAGAAGUUCGAGCUCCAGGGGUUCUCCCAAGUGAAGAGCAUCUGGCCCAUCGUCAUCGAGAUCGACAACUUGGGGGAGAUUGGAAAGCCCUGACUCCCGGCGGGAAUCCUGGGAUUGGAUUCCCUGAGGCACAGCGCCCAAUCCCCCACAGCCCCGGGGGCUUCAGGAGGAGAAACGUGGCAGAGGCGGAUUGGGGGGGUUAAAACUUCCCCAGCCCUGAACUGGGAUUGAAUGAGAACCUUUGGAGAAAAGCAGUGGGAAAGGGGAGAAUCAGUGUGGCUUGAAGGAGGAAAGAAGGAAAAGUUAAGCAAGGGAUCCUGAAAUCCUGAACUCCGGGAACGGGAUGGGCUGGAAAAGAUCUUAAAAACCGACCAGGGAUUGGGCUGUGCUCCCCAGGGAUCAAGGAACAAACGGCCUCAGGCUGUGCCAGGGGUGGGUGUUGGGGUGGGUGUUGGGGUGGGUGGAGGGAAGGACAAAGGAAGGCUCCGUUCCAGUCCUGUGGAAGCGUUUUCUUGGGAAGUCCAGCCUGCCUUGAAUUCCCAGCAGCUCCGUGAGCCUCUGGAAUUGGGUCAUUAGAAGGAAAAGGUGAUUUCUGGGAUGUUCUCCAGUGCCCUUCCAGGGGACAGGUGCUGUUAUGGGGACAGAAGGAAGCUCCAGUGAAUUAAAGCAAACGGAACCGUG